AUGGAAGAUCAAACAACUAAACGAUCGACUUCGCCAGAAAUGGAAAAUUUGGACUCAUCUGAUAUUGAACGCAACAUCGAUAAGUCAAUUGUGCAACCUGUUCCAAACUCGGAGAUUAUUGGAGAACCAGCAGUAGUUGAGACAACUCAAGUUUCGUCUGAUAAAGGAGUUACAAAAACAACAGUUCUUCAAGGUAUCCAAAUAAUGAAUAAUACUAUGGGGAAUAUUAAGAAUUGUGAGUUUAUUUUUAUCCAAGUUAGAGUCUGAAAAAGCUCUCGAACUGCGAUGUACACACAUCACAAUCAGUUAUUUUUUCAGCAACGAUGAGUAAUUUUUCAGGUCUUAGUUCUAUGAGAAGUUUUGCUCAAGGCGAAUCAGAGAACAAUUCUGCAAUAGCUGAUCAAUCAUUCUUUAAACAUUUGAAAGAUGAAAUGGUCUUUUUUCAAGAUUUCGCUUCCGAAUUCAUCCAACGUGUUGAACAGGUAUUUCUGACAAUUAUUUUUCAAUUUAUCUAAUUUCAUUAUUUUUCAGUUUGUCCCGGAAUCUUCAAAUACUGUUCAAAACGAAUCUGGAUUUGUGCUUCAAAAUUCGACGGAUGCGGAAGAUUCAACAUUGAAAAAUGAUGAAGAAACAGCAGUUAUUCCUCAAGUUGCUGAACAAUCGGAGGAUUCUGAUGACACUCGUAAGUGAUUGACUGGAGCUGGAAAUAUCAUUCAAAUAGAGAGUUUGAUGAAUUUUUUGUGUGAUUACAACAUUAUUUCACCUGUUGCAUCACAAAAAGUUUUUUAAAUUGUUGUAAAAAAUAACACAUGGUCAUUUUCAGAAUUCUCCGAUCUUGAAUCUGAGAGCAGUACAAUGGAAUCAGUCGAUCUCGACGAUUUUUUCAAUGCUUUUGCUUCUGCUGAUAUGGGAUUGCCUGACGAUCCACCACCAUAUUCGCCACAACCACGUUCGGAAAAUGAUAGCCAACAAGUUUCGAAUGAGCCACCAGCUUAUUCGCCACAAAAUCGACGGCGACCGACGGGUUUUUCUCAAUACAUUCCAACUCUUGAGGUACAUUUCCAAAAAUAAUAACUUUAAAAAUGUCAAUCAUUCUUUAGGAGCUUGCCCAAGAAAGACCAGCUAGAAUAUCAAUGAACUUCAACGAUUCUCCAAAUGAUAUGGGUAAUUCACAAUUCUUUGUGAACUAUGCGACAUUUUCGAAUUUUGAUGCUCAAUCAAAUGAUCAACCACCUACUGAACAUUUCGAACGACCAAUACGUGGACAUACUCACUAUUCUGGACCACAACCUCGCCGUGAUUAUCAAGCACCACUAUCGGUUUCUCGAUGGCAUCGAAAUUAUAACAAUAAUUUGAAUAUUUCAAAUGGGAAUGCUCAUCGUUUUGGACAACAACCAGGUUUUCAAUCGGAUCAUCCACCCUCCUAUCACGAAUAUUACCCAAAUUCUCAGCAAAAUGAUGAAACUUGGGAAAAUUCUUCUGCGGUUCCAGAACAAGUUGUUUCUAAUGAAACUCCGCAACUGAAUGGAUUUCAUCGUUUGAUGCAGCAAAGACACUUCAAUAAUAUGAGGAGAAAUCGUUUCUUUGCUUCAAACAGAAACGGGUUUCCUUUUCCUCCACGAAGACCAACAACGGUUAUUGAGCGAGUGAUUAGACCUGAUGGUUCGGUUUAUUCCGUGCUCCAUGAACAUCCAGACGAUGUUGCUGAUAAUUCACCAGGUGACCUUCCGUAUUUCUUCUCGCUUUUUGGUGGAUAUCGUCAUUAUUUUUAA